AUGAAAGGCACAAUUCCCAACAACCCUAUCGCCCAGACGUUGGAUCCUGCCUUAAUACGGCGUCAAUCGGAUAAUAAACUAUUCCUAUAUACCACAGGCAAGAACGGUAGCGUCUGGACGGCUAGUUCUCUGUACGGCCCUUGGACGCACGAAGGCACAGCGAAAUUCCGCGAGUAUGGCGGUGCCCCUUCGAUACAUCGCGUGGGCGACACGUACUACGUCUAUAUCAACAAUCACGAAUUCGACUAUUCUACAGUUGGCGUGACAGAUCCCGCCAUACACACGUGGGCACACAACUCAAGUCUCCUUGUCGCCUCAUCCAAGACGCUCGAGAUCGGCGACUGGGAGUGGCACGGGCGUCUUGAGAUCGACUGGGCGAAGAGGUACAACAUCCUCGACGCCGCUCUCCUAACCAUCGAUGACGGAGGAAAACGGAGGAAUCUCCUCACAUUUGGCUCGUACCAGCAGGGUCUAUUUCAACUCCCACUGGCGGACCCGCCGAUCAAGAUCGCGGAUGGCGCUAACAAUAAUAUCAACCACCUCGCCAACAACAAGACGUCGGCUUUUCCGAACGGCCCGACGGAGGCGGCUUACAUCUUCAAGCGGCAGGAUUGGUACUACCUAUUCUUCUCGUCUGGCCGAUGCUGCAAGCAACCAGAUGGCCAUUGGGUCGACAGGGGCGACGUAUACAAAGUCAUGGUGUGCCGCUCUAAGCAACCGGGUACCGGCUACGUCGACGACAAAGGGGUCGACUGUGCUAACAAUAGUGGCGGUAAGGAGAUUUUGGGAACCCACGAUAACAUAUGGGCUCCUGGCGGUCAAGGGGUCCUUGUCGAUGACGAGGCUGGGGGACCUAUCAUAUACUACCACUACGUGCCAUACGACGUUCGAAGCAAAACUCCCGCGAACGAAUUCCGUUUUGGUUGGAAUAAGCUCGACUUCAGCUCUGGAUGGCCUGCGGUUGUAGAGGGGUCUUGA